AUGGCGGGUUUGCUCAGAUCCCAAUUCCCAUGGACAUCAUCUCCGCUCAUCGUCAAUGCACCCAUGGGUGGCUUUGCUGGCGGCCAUCUUGCAAGCGCCGUCACAAAAUCAGGCGGCCUCGGGAUGAUCGGGGCCAUCAUGUCCGAUGAUUUGGAGAAUGAACUGGACAUUGCAGCAGAUGAGCUGAAGGCUACUCAUGCACAGAGUCAUAUGCUUCCCAUCGGUGUGGGCCUGUUACCCUUCAUCGUCAAGGCUGAGUCUGUGCUGCCCAUCUUGAAGAGGUACCAACCAGCCGUGAUCUGGCUAUUUGCCGCAAAAGAGCUGAGGGACUACGCCACUUGGUCUGCAGAGAUUCGAGGAUGCUGCCCAGAUUCUAGGAUUUGGAUCCAGGUUGGCAGUGUGAGCGCCGCGGUUGAGAUCGCGAUGACGGCCAAGCCUGAUGCUCUGGUCAUGCAGGGUGCUGACGCCGGUGGCCAUGGGUUUGAAAGAGGUGCCAGUAUUGUUUCGGUGCUACCAGAGGCGACCGAUGCUCUUGGGGCAAAGGGCCUUGAUAAUAUUCCGUUGUUGGCAUCGGGGGGUGUCGCGGAUGCUCGCGGUGCUGCAGCGGCUUUCGCUCUGGGCGCAUCUGGUGUCGUGAUGGGGACGAGGUUCCUCGCGGCGAAAGAGACAAAAGUGCCACCUGGGUAUCGGGAGCUGUUACUGGCCGCACGAGAUGGAGCUCAAAGCACCGUACGGAGCAAAUUGUUCGACAAUGUUAAGGGUCCCAAUAUUUGGCCGGAUGCAUAUGACGGAAGAAGCCUGGUUACCGAGAGCUACGCUGAUUAUGUUCGAGGUAUCGAUAUCAAGGAGAUUCGAGAAAUGCACAAUGAAGCGGUGACUGGGAAGGACGCCGGCUUUGGAAAAACCAACCGGGCGAACGUCUGGGCAGGGGCUGGAGUAGGGCUUGUGAACAAGUUGCAGAACGCUGCCGACAUUGUGGAAGAGGUGCGGAAUGGUGUCAACCAGAUACUGGAAGGCACCAUAGCACGCCUGUGA